AUGUACGAAUCGUCCGUUGGAGACGGAUACACCAUUGCAGGCACACUUGCGUCUGUCAAUCGCGUGCUCUCAAUGAUGCAAUUUACACCUCCGGCCGACUCGCCCAGUUCAGGGUCUCUGAGCAUCACAGUCCACCAAACGCCUUCCUCAGCUGAGCUUGAAGUACAUGACCCAGACAUGCUGCAGAUGAAUGCCGCGCUCGCAGAAAAGCACUUAAAUGUGGAAAUUGAGCCGCUGACGAAGUCUGAAUACCCCUGCUUCAUCGGGGGCCCAGCGGCCACGUUCGUAAAUCCUGGUGAGGAUGCGAGGAACUUGGGCGUGACAGUGAGGCCAGAGUUUUCAGCUUCGACGAAGGUAGCGAAUGAAGUCGCGGAGACCCUGUAUGAGUUCCGUGUUUCGGUACGAUUCGGGCUCAUUGGCCUUGACGUGAACAAGUACCCAGCUGCUCGAAUUUGUCCGCCAUUCUAUCCGGAUGUGGGCGGCUGCAAGCAGGAUGAGGUCGAUGCCUGGGUGAUCUAUGGCACCAUCGAGCAAGCCGCGCUAACCAUGGAGUCAAUCGUCUACACGCCUCCCGUGGGUUAUGCGGGUCAGGACUUGAUGCGCGUCACUGGCAGCUGUUCGGAAGUCACUCUGGAGGUGGCCUUGAACAUAGUGAAGGGCUUCUCUCCUCCACGCAUCCGGUGCUGUGAUGGAGUCGUGCUGGAGGUGGAGCGAGCGCUGGAGCCCUCGGCAGUUCCCCCAUGCCACAUGGAGCGGAAUGAGUACGGGGAGAUACCCGCUGUGGCACAGGUGAUGCUCAGCACUGACAUUGGUCAACUGGCAUUCUGGCCUGUGGCAGGUCUUUACUUCGACCAUAGCCUCGAUGUGAUGCCGAUGCACAAUGUUUCCUCCCAGAUUGUGGCGAGCGGUCCCGGGGGCACCUUGCAGCAGGGCCUGGCGACGAAGUUGGCUUUGCUCUUCGUACCAGAAACGGAGACGCGUACUGCGGGACAACUUACCGUAGAGGUUUUGGAUGCCCGGUCUGGGCUGAAGUCGACCUCCACCUGUCCAAUUCAUGUUUCGACCGAGAGGAAGGAGAGCCUGCCACAACUACAGCUUGACAUGCCGACGCCCAACGCGACGUACUUGCUCUCAGGCCAUACUUCGCGGAGCAAGUGCCCUGCACAAAUGAUAUGA